AUGGCUAUCAGACGACCACCGAGACUAAUCGUCAUCUUCCUCGUCUUAAUCGCCGGCGUGCAAUUCGCCACCGCGGAUGAUCCGGUCCCAGCGACAUGGCCGCACCAGUUCCACGCGCUAUUGUUUAUGAAUUACUCCGGCGACCUCUCGAUGAUCAACCUUUGGUACGACUGGACCAACGGCCGUAAUUUCAAUAUCAUCCAGGAGCAGCUCGGCGGCAUUACCUACGACCUCGAAUGGAACAAUGGGACCUCUUUCGUCUACACGCUCGACGAGUCCAAAUCGUGCCGCUCCGCGCAGCUCGAGGUCGGUCCUAGUCUCUAUGCACGACUGUUUAGCAGAGCUGAGAAUACCUAA